AUGUUGGGUUCCUUAUUAUUUACAAAAAAAAUAACUGCAUUUUGUAAUUUUCGUAGAAAUGUACUGUCAAAAUAUGACAAUAAUAAUUUGUGUGAUCAAAAUAUAAUUACAUUAUGUGAUUUAAAAGUACCAAAUGAAUAUAGAGAAAAUUAUAAAAAUAACAUUUUCAAUAAUACAAAUGAUGAAAUAAAUAUAUUAUAUAAUCUUAUAAGUGAAAGUUAUAUAUAUGGAAUAAAUUUAAAUGUUGAUUUAUUUAUUUUAAAAAAUAAAAAUAUUCUUUUUUUUAAUCAAAAUAUUAUUAGUAUAUAUAACCCUUUAAUAAAAGGACUAAAAGUUGUAUUUACUAAAAAUGAUUAUAUUAUAUCAUGUUCUGCAAUAUUUGAGGAUUCUCUUUUUGUAGUUCUUUAUGGAGGAUCAUAUGCUUCAUGUAUACAAGUAUAUUCAAUUCAAAACCAUACACAAAUAGAUGAAAUUAUUUUAACGGAUUGUAAUUAUUAUGAAAAAAUUUACAUACAAAAAGAACAAAAUUAUAUUAUUCUAAUAACAAACAAAAAUGUAUUAAAAGUUUUGGAUUGCAUAUCGAAGAAUUUUAUUUUUAGCAUUUUUAUUCAUCAUGAUUAUACAUAUAUAGACCAGUAUAAUAACUUUUUUCUAAUUUUGAGAAAAACAAAGUUGUACUUAUGGAAUUUAGAGAAUACAUAUACAGGGCUUAAAAUAAAUGAGAAACAUUUAGAAAUAGACAAAAGUGUAAUAAUUAAUUGUUUCUGUUCAUAUCAAAACACAAUUUUUAUUGGAACAUCAAAUGGGUCUAUAUAUUUAUGUCAAAAUUUAUCAGUUAAGAAAGGAAUUAAAUUCAAAGAUUUUGAUGAGAGUAAUAAAAAAAGUAUUAAUUAUAUUCAUUAUUAUAAUAAUUUUAUAACAACACAAGAUGAAGAUUGUAUUAAACUAUGGAAUUGCCACUUCUCUCUUGACGAAAUUUCUCAAGCAUCAACUCUUUAUGUGUCUUUAGAAAAAGAACUAAAAAUAAAAAUAAAUAUUAGUAAAAUAAUAGGGGAAGGAGAUUUAUAUCUAAUAGUAGACAAAAAAAACAACAGUAUAUAUACAUGUGAAAAAAAUAAUUAUGGGGAUAUAGGAAUAUUAUAUAAUGAUCACAAUAGUAGAAUUAAAAAUAUUUAUUGUUUUAAAAAUAAUAUGUUUAGUUUUGGUUAUAACGGAAAAAUAUAUAAUUAUAAAAAUGAAAAUAAUAUUGAAAGAAAUUUUUGUUUAUAUAAAUUCAAAAAUUAUAUAUCAUCUAUAAAAUUUUUAUAUAAUGAUAAAGACAAUUUUAUUUAUUUUUGUAUUGGUUUUAAUAAUGGUAUAAUAAAAAUUAUAAAGAUGAAAUAUUUAUAUUUAGAUAUUAUUUAUUCAUUAAAAAUAAGUAAUUAUCCUAUUAUAAAAAUAGAAAAAAGCUUAAAUAGUGAUUAUAUAUGUAUAUUAUCAGAAAAUGAACCAUAUAUAUUUUUUUUGUGUAAAAUUGGUGGAAUAUAUAAACCAUUAUAUUAUUUUAAAAUUAGAGAAACAAAUCUUAAAGAUUGUUUUUAUUUUUCUCAUGUUAAUAGUUUUUAUAUUUUAUCAGAUUCAAAUUUUUUUUUUAAAAUUAAACUUAGACAUUUAGAAAAAGCGGCAACAGAAAAAUACACAAAUUUGAAAAAUACAGAAAAAUUACUAAAUAAUCAGGAAUCUAACAAAAAUGAAUCCACAGAAUCAUAUUAUAUGGAUAUUCAAUAUGAAAUAAUUCAAAUAAAUUUCAGAAAAUAUAGUUACGAAGGAGGCGAUAAUGAUACAAGGAAAGUAAAUAACGAAGAUAUUAAAAUUAAUAAAAAUAAUGAAGAGAUAAAAAAUGAAAACAUAUCCGAAGGUAUAGAUAAUAGAUAUAAAGAUUAUAAAUCUAAAAGUAUUGUAGAACCAGAUGAAAUUAGAGAAGAUGAUAAAGAAUAUAAUAUAGAAAUAUCAGGAAGUGAUAUGAGUGAUAAUACAUAUAAUAAAAUAAAUUUUUAUAAAGAAAAAAUUAAUUUAUCAAAAAAUUUAAAUGAUUCAAAAAUUAAUAAUAAUGAUAUAGAUAAUAAUGAAUAUAUAACUAAAAAAAAAAAUUUAGAAAAAUAUAUUGAAAUAUUAUUUAAUAAUAUAACCUUAAAUAAAAUUGAGAAAAAAAGACAAGCAUUUUAUCCAAAUUUAUUAACAAUUAAUUUUCAAAAGGAUAGAAUUAAACAAGAUGAAAAAGAAAAUGUAGAAGAAGAUAAACAACAUAAAUAUAACGAAACAAAUAAAAAUGAAAUAAAAAUUAUUUGUGCUGAAAAAAUUAAAGAUAAAGGAUUGUUUAUCACUACAGGGGGAAUUAAAAAUAAUCGUAUAUACUUUUUGAAAAUAGAAAAAAAAAAUCAAGAUAUAGAUGAAAAUCGAAUUAGAAUUGUUAGACCACAAGUUAUUUAUAAAUUAUGCAGAGAAAUGUUUCCAAUAAAACGAUGUAUAAAUAAAAUGAUAAUCAACGAAAAAAAUAAUUUAUUAUUUUGUCUAACAAAUAAUAAUGAACUUUUAAUUUUUUCUACUCAAUAUUUCUUCACUUAUUAUUAUAUUAAAUUUCCAUUUAAUGAUAAAAUAAAAAAUAUAUUUAUCAGCAAAAAUGAAGAUAAUAAUACAAUCUCACAGACACAAUAUAUAUUCGUUUGUUUACACAACAGAAUUAUGCAAUUAAACUUUUGUUAUCCACUUUUUCAUUUAUUUAACAUAAUAAAAAGAUACAGAUUAAGUUUGAAUAAUUUCAUACAAAUUAUUAGCAAAGAAAAAGAUAUAGAGAAUUGUCAUAAUUCAAUUAGCCAAUUUUUUUUCGAAUCAAUUCAUGAUAAUUUAAUAGAUACCUUUUUAAAAGGGGGUCGAAAAAAAUGUAAUAAUAUAAUCCCUUUUUCAUUUAAUCAGAUAAAUGAUGACAUAAAUUAUGUAUCUAAACUUUUAUAUGAACAAAAUAUGCUAGAAAAAAAUAAAAUACAAAAUAACGAAAAAGACACACAAAAUGACACUAUUAAUGAUAUUUGGAAUUUUAUUAAGACAAAUAAUAAUCAAAAAGAAAACGAAGAGAUAGAAGAAAGGAAAAAAAGAAUAGAUUUAAUAUUAAAUUAUGACCAAAAAAGUAUAAACACUAUGUUUAAUAUUAACAAUUGUUUACAUGAUGAAGAUAUCAAAUAUAGUUUAAGAGAAACAAAAGAAAUGAAAGAAAAGGAAGAAAACAUUAGAAAAGCUUUAAUAUAUAAAAAAAAUAUUAACAAAAAAAUCCAAAAAUUGAAAAAAGCAUAUAAAAAAUUGUUUAAAAAAAAAAAAUUUAUUAUAGACAUAGAUUAUGCAAAUUUAAUAUACACUAAUUUAAACAAAUAUAUAAAAAAAAUUAAAAAUAUGUUUAUAUAUAACCAAAAAAUAUAUGAUAAACAAAUUAAAUAUUUAUCCAAAAAAUAUUUAAGAAUUAAAUAUUCUAAAAACACAUUGUCCUCAUUAGAUAUUAGUAAUAAUGAUAUGUUAAUUAUUAGAUCUUUAAAUAUGUAUUUAAAAAAUCAAAAUAAUAAAAAUGUUAAAUCUUUUAAAAGAAAAAAAAUAAAAAAUAUCAUUGAAAAGGAAAAUGAUCAUACAAACUUAAUAACAGAAUUAAACCAAACUAUUGAACAUUUUAAAAAAAUAAGGAAUCAAAAUUCGAAACUCAAAGUAAUAAAUAAUCAUGGAAAAAUUGAAGAUAUAUGCAAUAAAAAAAAAAUUAUUAAAAUGUAUGAAAAUAUACUAUCACAUUUGGAAAAAGGGGAAAACAACACACUUCAAAAAAAUACCAAUGAUUCUCAGAGAAUAUCCAGCAUUGCAGAAAUAAUUAAGAUAUACGAAGAAGACAAAAUAGAAUUAUUAAAUCAAAUAAACUUUAUCAAAGACACAUUCAACAAAGAUUUUAAUGAGUUGAGGAAUAUAAUAGGCCAGAAAUUAUCCGAAGUGAAGGAAUACAUAUUAUCUUUACAAAAUAGCACCCAAACUGGUAAUAUGGAAAGGAUGACACAAUUGUACAAUACAGAAGAGAGCAAUAAUUUAUGUCCUAAAAGUGAAAACAUUAUUCAUGAAGAAAAUAUAAAUGAUAUAAAAAACAUAGAAUAUAAACAAAAUUUAGAUCAAAUGGCAUCAUGGGAAAUGCUUUUGGAUGUUGUAAAAGAUAUUUAUCCUAUAAAUAAAAGAGAUAAUUCGAUAACGGUAUUGUGGAACAUAUCAAAUUCGGGAAAUAACCAGAUUUCCAAGACAAUUUUCGGAAGUAAUAAUAAUAUGAAUGAUAUAACAAAUUACAUAAAUAAAGUAAUAAAAGAAUGUAGUAAAGAAAUAAAUCUUUUAUACUUAAAAAAAAUUCAAGCCAUUAAACUUAUAAAGUAUAUAUCUUUAAAAAUUGUUUCAAUCACGGAAAAAAAUAGAAUAUUGAUAGAAAUAAGGAAAAAAGAACGAAAAUUAAAAAAACAAAAAAAAAUAUAUGGUAAACAAAUAAAUCAAAUUGAAAGUGAUAAUAAAGCAUGUACUCAAGAAAUAAAAAUAUUAUUGGAGGAACUUGAAAGUCACAAUCAAAAGAAGCAAAUGUGUGUGGAGAAAAUAAAAAACCUCGCGAGGAAUGAAACAGCCGGAUGCAAUUUACAAAUAAAGGAUCUAAAAGACAAGAAUGAAGAAGAAUCAAGUUGCGAUAAUAUUUUAAAUUUGGAUGAUAAAACAGACGAUGAAAAUACGACUAUGGAUAUAUAUAAUAAAGAAGAAAUUGAUGCUAUUAAAAAUGUGAACAGGAAAACAUUGAAUAAUAUUAGCAAUAUUAUGAAAAAUAUAGAUAAUAAAAAAAAUGAGCAAAGGAAAUUAUCACUUAAGAAAAAACGUAUGGAAAAAGAAAUAGAAGCAAUAAAUGAAGAAAUGACCAUAAUUGAAGAUGAUAAAAAAAAGAAUAUAGCAGAUAUAAAAUUUUACAUUACAUUAAAAAUGUCAAAAUUAAGAAAUAUUGAUUAUUUAUAUGACAAAAAAAAAUAUAGAUUAAAUUUAGCUAGUAAUUGUACUAUACUAAGUGUUGAACAAUAUAAAAAUAUAAUGAAAAAAAUGGAAAAAAUUGCAAGACAAAAAGAAAAACUUAUUCAAAUAUAUAAAAAAUUAAAAAAUAAUAAUAAUGAAUUAGAAAAUACUAACAAUAAAUUAUCUAAAAUAGUUCAUGAAAAAAAAAAAGCAUUAAAAAAUAAACUAAAAAAACAAGAUCUUACAUUUGAUUUUAAUGAUUUGGAAAAAAAAUAUCAAGAAAAACAAAAAAAAGGAAUAUUAGAAAAAAUUAAAAAUAAAGAAAUACAAAGUAAUCAAACACUAAAUUUCAUGAAUAAAGAACUUAAUCAACAAAAUAUAUUACUUAAUAAUUUACGAAAGAAAAACACACAACUCCUUGUUAAAAUUAGUGAGUACAUCCAAAUUUUAAAGCAACUCAAAAUGGAGCAAGCUUAG